AUGCAGGUGCUUGAAGAGCAUGAGCUAUCAUGUGAAAAUCUGCUGCAUGUGAAGUUAGAUGGCAUUAUUCUGACAAAACAAAGAGCAGAGAAGGUCAUUGGAUGGGCUAGAAGUCACUACUUGUCGUCAGCAACUCAUCCUUCCAUUAAGGGCGACAAGCUAGUUAUUCCCCGCGAGAGUCUGGAGCUAGCAAUCAGGAGGCUAAGGGAGCAGGAGGCUUCACCUAAGAAGCUCUCUGAAAACAUGAAGAUGUUGGCAAAAGAUGAAUUUGAGCGCAAUUUCAUUUCAGCAGUUGUACCCCCCCAUGAAAUUGGAGUUAAAUUUGAAGAUAUUGGUGCUCUCGAGGAUGUCAAGAAGACACUGGACGAACUUGUUACUCUUCCAAUGAGGAGACCAGAGCUUUUCUCACGUGGGAACUUGUUAAGGGUAUAAUGCUUUCCAUUUGCA